AGGAAGAUUAAAGCGGAAAGGAAGAGGAAGCAGAGGGCCAACUUCUCUCCGCCGCCGGGUCCUCCGCCUGCUUUCGACAGUUUCCGCAGCUUUAUUUCAAAUAAUUUGGUCACAACAAUUCAAAACGGCAAACAUGCUUCGAGAGAUCCAGGAGUUCGGCUCCCAUGCCAUGGAUAUCUACAGCUACCUCUUGGCCGGAAUCGAUCCACGGAUAAAGGAAUAUCCCCUGAUGCAGAAUCCUCUUCCCAUGUCCGCAAUACUGCUGUCGUACCUCCUGUUUGUCAUGUACCUCGGGCCGCGCAUGAUGGCCAACCGCAAGCCCUUCCAGCUCAAGGAAGCCAUGAUCGUCUACAACUUCACGCUCGUGGCCCUGUCGCUAGUCAUCGUCCACGAAUUCCUGUUGUCCGGUUGGGCCACAACAUACACCUGGCGAUGUGACCCGGUCGACAUGACUGACGGUCCUCAAGCACUUCGAAUGGUCCGAGUGGCUUGGCUGUUCUGGUUCUCCAAGAUCGUCGAGCUCAUCGACACAGUGUUCUUCGUGUUGAGGAAAAAGCACGGCCAGGUGACCUUCCUACACAUCUUCCACCACUCCUUCAUGCCCUGGACCUGGUGGUGGGGCAUCGUCUUCGCUCCCGGUGGAAUGGGAUCGUUCCACGCCAUGGUGAAUUCCACCGUCCACAUCAUCAUGUACUUCUACUACGGCCUUUCUGCUGCUGGACCGCGCUUCCAGAAGUUCUUGUGGUGGAAGAAAUACAUGACUGCCAUUCAGCUGACCCAGUUUGUCCUGGUGUCUAUCCACGCUACCCAGUAUUACUUCAUGGACAGCUGCGACUACCAGUUCCCCAUGAUCCUCCACCUCAUCUGGAUGUACGGCACCUUCUUCUUCGUGCUCUUCUCCAACUUCUGGAUGCAGGCGUACGUGAAGGGGAAGCGGUUGCCCAAGCAGAACAGUAAGCCGAGUCAGAACGGCACGGCGGUCGCGGCCAACGGCAAGCACCACGAGAACGGCGUGGAGCACGCGGCCAGCAACGGCUCCGCUCGCCACGAGAACGGCGGCAGCCACGUGAGCAAGAUGAAGAAGGCCUGAGAUCCCUGGAAGGAACCGCUCGAGGAGUGUGACCCGGUGGACCUGUUUUAAAACGACUACGGGCCCCAAAGAUAGUUUUGGCGGUGGUUUUUUUCUUCUUCUUCUUUUUCCUCUUAUUAGUUUUUAAUUGCAACACAUGGAGAAAUGACGUGGCCAACGAUUUCCACACUUGGGCCUCCAAACCUUCGGUUGCGUUGUUUGUUCGUUCAACUGAAAACUUAUUUUUUUGAGUUGGGGGGGGAAAACCUUCUACGGAACAUAAAUGUAUGAAGAGAAGAUGUUUUUGACCAAAAUAUUAUCUUCACUGAUGUUGCAACAACCUCCUAGUUCAGUAUCACACUGGUGGCCUUUCACCCCACUUGCCCUUCACUACUUCUCUGACCCCCCCACAUCGCACUGACCUCCCCCCACCCCCCACCACCCCCCUCUUGACAGAUAACUGUACAGUUUCUAUCAGACUUGAAAAUACUUUUUGUAAAUAGUUUUACAACAACAAAAACUAACUAAUUUGUAUUGGUUUAGACUUUCUAAAUGUUGUUUAUAUUGUGUAUUUAAAAAUUAAAUGCCAAUAAAUUCCAUUUUUAAUUAUC